AUGGCUCUAAUAACUGGAAUUCAUGCAGAAAAUAAGCAUGAUUUGCUUCAGAACUGGUGGCAGAUCACUUUAGUUGGCUGCAUUUCUCUUGCAGUUGGCUUAGGAAUAGCAUACAUUUUAUACUUAUCGAUUAUUGCGUUUAAAAAGUUUGUGUUUAGAUAUAAAUCGCUUUCAAAAGCUGUUCUACCAAGUGAUAUAAAAUGUAUUUCACAAGUAUCGGCCAAUCUUUAUCCGUAUCGAAUAAGCAAGCCUUCAAGGAAGCCACAGAGUUUUGGCGUCUAUUUAAGUAAAUUUGAAAGGCCUCCCACUUCUCGUCAAAUACAAAUUCUUUCAGAAUGGGACCUUCUUAUUUUUGACCCUUCUCAGGAUGGAAUCAUUGAAGCAAUGUCUUCAGGACUUUAUCGUAUCUCAUCUCAAGCCCUAGCUCGACUUGACAUAGGUCUUGAGAUAGAGAAUAGCUGUCAAACUCAAAUAAUAGCACUUACAGAAUGGGUUACAAAAUAUUUUAGACCUUUAGAAGGUACAGAGUUCCAGAGUUCUUGCUUCACUGGAAUCUCCCUUUCUAAUUGGGCAAAAACCUGCCCUGUUUCACUUCUCAAAGAGUUUAUUUUUAUGUUAAAUUCACUUGGGAUUUCAGUUUUCUUAGAAGUGACAACACCAUCUUUCUUACAUGAUGUUAGUCUCUUAGAGUUACAGGAGAUAUCUGGUCUAGUAAUACGAAACGGUCUGAUUUCACAGAAUGGAAAAGAGAAAGACGUGCUUCAAAUGUCUGAAAUGAGGCCGACAAUCAAAGCUUUCAUGUCACAGGCUUGUUUGAGAGAUUUUGUUGUCUUACUCUGGGAAACAGUUGAUGAUGGAGCCCAACCUCUAAAUGCUGUGAUUAGACGGAGUUAUCGGUGGUCAAGAUUUUAUAACGCGUUGCUUUGGAUUGGGACCAAAUCAUCUUUAGAAUCUGAGAAUUCUCUUCUUUCAAAAAAAGAGCCUCUUGGGGCGCUCGACUGGCUUAAAGAUCCAAAAGUUAUGAAAUUUCAUGAAAAGUGGAAGAAUAAUCAAUCAAUUUCGCUACAUUAUCAUGACGAUAAUCUUGAUACAUUUGAUCAUCUCUGUUUCUCUCUCCUCCUUCAUCACAGAUAUACAAGAAAACAAAGUCGAAAGCUCAAAAAUAACGAGGCUUCUCUUCCAUCUGUAGAGCUCGAUGAUAGUUCAUAUCAACAUUUCAACAAUUUGUCAUCAAAAUUUUCAGAUUCUUACGUUCAUGAUCUACUAUUUGAACUCACAGAUUUAAAUAAUAUCUCUGACAUAUCUAUUUUAACUACUAAAAAUUUUGGGUGCAUUCCACUUGGAGGUAAGGCUAAUGAAACAGCGUUUAAAAAUAUUGUUCAGUUGCAAAGCCGAUUAAAAAAUAAGUGCUUAUUGGAUAAAGUUGAGCCGUCGCAAGUACUUCAAGUUGGGAUAAAGAUUCAACAGUUCUCUGAUUCUGGAGGUUUACAGCAGCAUAACUUUCAUUUACUCCCAAUUUUACAGGGUCUUGCACAACAACUAACUAAUUCCGGUGAAAGAAAUUCAAACCUGAUAUCCAUAUACCGAGGACUCCAUUCAGGGUUCCAAACAAGCCGAGACUUUCGUUUUUGGUCGGUAUAUGACUUUGAAGAGGAUGGAUCGCUCAACAUAUAUAUUUCGCGCAACUGUAAUCAGAAUAUGGCUGAAAUCAUUUUACAUACAUUCUUAUCGAGUCACGGGUGCCAGCAAUUAAAAUGUCUUGAAGCUGAAUUCGCCUUUGCUGAGUGGUCUGACACUCUGGUUCGACCACAACUCCUGCCCAAAAGGUUUCUUGAAGAUAUUAGCUCUCUAGCUCCUUCUGAACAAUUAAUUUUUUUACGAGCUCUCAGUCUCACUAAUAAUCUAAACGACAGGAUCCUAGUACAUCGAAUUAAGGCUGCGGUUGAGGAAAAUCUACUAAAUUUUACAGACUUUCAACAAUUGAAAAAAAAAAGUACCGUUGAAUACUUGAGUGGAAGAGCUUCCGCAAUGGAUCUUGUUAGCGCUAGAACCAAAUGGUAUCAGCGAGCUAGGUGUCAAUGUCUAGAUCAGAUAACAGCACUUGAGAUCUUCCUUCAAACAGAAAACUCAGUCACUGAAAUACUCAAAGAUAGAAAAAUUGAUAAGAUAGAAGAGAUUACGACUAUUUUCGCAAAGAUUAUAAAAAGUGGUCGAAUUGAUGCAAGGAUUGACUUAAUGAUCUUCUCCGUGUUCUGUGCAUUCAGAAAGCAUGCAUUUGACGAGGCAUAUAUUGAGGUGACAGAUCGCAAUGCACUGUUCAACGACCAAAGCGAUCAAGCUGCAGCGUUUGCAGAACUCUUUGUCACAGGGACUAAUUGCGAGGCUUAUUUUGAUAUAGUACCUAGCGAUUUCGGUCAGCUACUUUCUGAGAGAUACCGAGCUCAUCAUCAUCAAAUGGGCAACGAGCCUCCGCUUCAUGCUGAAGAAAACCCGGUGACAAUGUCUGCAUACGCAGCAGCUAGAAUUGAUGUUGAUACUAACCAAAAAAAGGCGAUAGUAUCUACGUUCCAAAAUUUGACCUUUUUAAGUGUGUUUGCAAUUCCAGCCCUAAUAGAUAUUCUACUGCUUACAACUACCGGAAGAGGUCUAUAUUUGAGUGGAUAUAUGAGUCAGAUGGAACAACGCAUAGCUACAUUAGCUUUAAUGAUUUCACUGCUUAUUUCAGGUGCAGUUGGAACAUGGGUAACCUGUGGAGGCUCCUAUUAUCUUACUUCCAUGGCAUUCUCAGCAAUGAAUGUUUUUAUUGUUACACGCCUUGUUGGGGGUCUUGCAUUCACUCUAAUCAUUGCAGCGAUCGGGCUAGUGUUUUUUUGGGCCACUGAAGGGGCUGAAGUUGGCUUCAUUUUCUUUUUUUAUCUCAUUGCUCUGAAUUCUUAUUUGUGUUUACUAGCAACUCUUGCUAACUUUCAAUACUCUGGCUCCGCAUUUUUAUCAGGCCGGCCUAUAAUUUUAACACUGCUUCCGUUUAUGCUUAUAUCUCCAUUGAUUUCGAUGUGGAUUCCGGGUUACGAUAUUUUUAUUUACUUUGCAGUAUUCUCGACAUUUUUAAUACUCUUAAUAAUUGCCGUCUUACACAAAGCAUCAAAAUGGGCUACCUGGUACAUUGAAAUUGAAAAUAUAAGUGACCAAGAACUAAAGAACUGGUAUAUAAAACGGUAUUUUUAUGGAAACCAGAAAGCAAUUAAUGAAUUAACGGAACCAUAUAUUCUAAAAUGUGCUAGAGACAUGAUGUCACAAAAAGUGGAGGUUGUCAAGAAGAGCAUUUUCAAGAAGACACGUGAUUCCGUUGUUGAAGCACUUGCAAAAAGUCAUAAUGCAUCUAUAUUUUUACUUGAGUGGUAUUGUGGCUAUUCUGGCACUCCAAUUCCUAUUCCUUUCUCUUCGACAUGGAAUAUGCAGACUAGAGUCGCGCUACAGACAUUAGAGCAACUGCAGACUGGAAUGCGACUUCAUAAUGGAUUCAUUCACUGGCGCCAAGCGGGUGAUGAGGUGGGGUGUAACACACUGUAUUUCAUUGUUGCGCUUCUUGAUAAAUGGAACGCUCUUUUAUCUGGAAGACAGCUUCUAGGACUUUCGACCAUGAAUAUUCAAUAUAGGAUGCCUGUGGGAUUUGCUUUGGCUUAUUACCUUAUUGGUGCGGUGCUAUUAGACUUCAAUUCCACUAAACUUCACAGUAUGUCCUCUAUGUGUCAUAGUAUGCUGAUUAGCGACGUGUCAUCUGUAUCCAAAGCAGUUGGUUCGGAAAUAAAAGCCAGGCGUUUACUCUACUGGAAUAUGCUAGGCCGUUACUGUUUGUUUCAUGUUUGGAGUCUAGCUAUUUCUUGCAGCUUUCUCUGGAUAUUUAACAGUACAAAAGGUUCUACUAUUAUAUUCCUCUUCUAUGUUGGUGCUUACACAGGGCUUCUAUGGUAUCAGUAUACAAAAAUAUUUACCGGACCUCGCAGUCUAAAACCACUAAUAGUGGCAAUUUCUGCUGGAAUCCCCCUUGGGCAGUCUUUAAGACGAAUAUACCCUGAUUUCAUUUAUGGAGAUGUUACUAGCUUAGCAGUUGCAACGUGGACGGCUGCUAUUCUCUCAUUAUGGUUCGCUCGUAUAAAACCAAAAAACCCAUCGCUUGGCUACGGAGGGAGCACCCAUACUAAUACAGGCCAUAGAAAAACUAAGGGUAAUAGUAUUUUUCAUGCAAUUACAAGUCCGGGUAAAGAUCCCUUACUUUCACAAGAUGAGCUAUGUAUAAUCUUUCAUAACCUCUCAGCACUCGAUGAAAAAGAGAGAUACUGUAUUAGCCCAAAAGACCAAGUCGGACUUGAAAUAGAAUCAAUUCUUCUUGGCUCUGUCAAAGUUCUCCGGGACCUAAAUAUUGAAUAUACGCAAUUUGCUAUCGAAGCAUUUCCUAAUCUUGCAGAUCAUAUAGAAUUAAUUGCAGCUUAUUUUAAACGCGGAGAUGCCGUAAUUGAAUUUGUUUCAGCCAAAAAUAUUUCUGAUCAGUUCAAUGAUGUAAAUGCCAUUUCGUAUUCAGAGCACGGCAAAAUUCGGGUAAUAGCUGGAUACAAAACAAUUGAGAUUGAUGAACGACAGAGGUCUUCAAUUAAAUUCCUUUCCCAAAUAGCUGCUGAAAUCAUCGCGCAUAUCAUAGCUGAAACUAUCAUGGGUAUGAGCCACAAAGAUGCCUCGCUUAUUGAAUCAAUACUGGCAUUUAAAUCGUCAGUUUGCGAUGUGAAAUACAGUCUCGUUUCAACCCGAUUUCAGGAUUACCUUAGGUCUCAAAAUGAUUCUUUAGAGUUGUCAGAGCCACUCUUUAAGUUCUAUGAGUAUCAGAUAAUUGAAUUUCUAUCGCUAAACUAUAACAUUGACCUUGACUGGGAAUCCCUUCCUUAUGAAAUCCGGGACUUAGUGACAAGAAGAUGCACUAGUCAAGAAGUUACAAUUACUAAAUUUCAACAUGAAUGGCUUCUUUUAAAUCAUAUUCAUGGCAUACCAUUAAAGACAUAUAUGGCUCGCUGUGAUUUUGGAGUUUUUGUGGCAUUGUCCAAUCUACACUAUGCAUUGGAUUAUAGAGCAAAUAUUUUGGACAAAGAGUUUAAUUUUUCAAAAAAACAUGACUCAACUGGGCUUCUGACAGUUUCCCAACUUCCAACAAGACUUACAAUAAGACGGAUUUAUAGUACCCUCAAAUAUCCCAUUAGUCUGGUAUAUCACAAACUUGGGGUUUGUCUCAAGCUUUUAGCUAUUGCUUUUGUGGCUGACCCAGAGUUACAACGAGAACUUGACUAUGCACUUCGUGCUAGCAAUACUUUAUUAAGAGGCGUGAUAUUAUUUUUCGUAACUGGUAUUUGGCACUAUACAAAAUGGCUCCAACAUAUUAUGAUGCCUAUAUUUUUACUCCAUCGUCGAACAAAAAUAUCUAGAUUCUAUGAUCAUAUUGAUGGUACCUCCGUCUCGAUAAAGCGCCGAAGAAUCGUAAUUGAAAAUAUAAAUGGGCUUUCAACUGCAUUCAUGUUGCCAGAAGCAAAAGAUGGCACUUUCGAGAUUAGAACAUAUCAAGGAGACUUUGAGAAGAUUCCCGAGGGAAACAAAAAGCUUCAACGCAUUAGCAUCUAUAAAAAAAAACCUAUACGCCUCCUUCGACGAGAAGAAUUCUCUCAUUCUACAAAAUGCGGUUCCUAUGAAUAUGAAUAUUCCAAAACAUCACUAUCAAAGCACCGCAUUAAAAAAUAUAAUAGCCAUCGCUAUCCAAUCCGUCGCAAGUGUUUAGAGGGCAAUAAAGAAAAUGAAGAAGUGAAUUUCAAUCAUCGAGGCUUUGUUGAGAACGGAUCUUUUUUUCUUCAUGGAAGUAUUGUAAGAUUCAGUUAUCACUACCGACUUAGAAAUCAUUCUGAAGAUGAAUUAUUACGCGCCGAUUUUAUACUUCCUCACUUAAAAUGCACAGUAUCGUGGUCAGUACCACCUGAGCGUCGUUCAGAAAACCUUGACGAAUGGAUAGCACAUUCACAAGUCACAGAGGCUAUGUUUAUUUUUGGACAUGAUGUCUACGAGUCUCAUUGGAAUUACGAUCAUAAAUUUCAUCCUACUAUACAAACAACUUUGAACGGUAAACCAAUUGAGACAAUUCCAAUGAUAGAAUGGGAUCAUUUGGGUGUUCUAAAAAAACCACAAAACUAUAGCAUUCACCAUGACGACCCUCUUAUCAGCUUUAAAUCGUUGAACCAUAGUAUUUUCUCUCGAUGGCUUGGCCUUAAUACUCAUCAAUACAGGAUAUCAACAUCAUAUGCUCGAUCUCGCUUAUGGGAAACCUGGAGAAAUACGUCAAUAUUGGAUGGUGUAAUAGCUAGGUGGUUAGAUGAAAGACUUCUUCGAAAAGACCAAUUACUACGAACUUACUGGCGAAGACGAGAUAGAGGUGAUCUGAUUGGAGCAGAAAUGUUCCUUAACGCAAAUGUGAACAGUGUUAUGGCAGCUAUAGAUCUGGACAGCUCCAUUUCUAGCUGGGCUCCUUUGGCCAUUAAAACUGCAGACUUAUAUAGUUUUGGGCAAGGCGGUGAUGCCAAUAGCCGGACAAGAUCAGUUAGCUCAAAUUUUGACGAUGGGAGAUUGCAAGUGCUCGCACUAGACUCAGGGACAUGGCCGAAUGAAGGUGGAGGUGUUUCAGCUUGUCGGCGGGACCUAGUUAAUAAUCUUUAUUCUGUUAACUGGUAUAUGGUCUCAGAAUCUGCAAACGAUUUUGGACUUCCUAAACAUCAGACUGAGAUAAAUGUGAGAAGCCUCAAAAUUAUUCCUCUAUGGGGUCUUGACUUUCUCACUCCAACUCAUGGGCUAUUUAAGGAUCGGCUUGAUGCUCAAGUAGAACAUAUUCCUAGUUAUGCUACAAAGCUAGAUGUUGAGCAAAAUUUUAUUCCGAUUCUUACUGCACUUGUGAGGAGUGCACGUACGAUUAAAUUCAAACAGAGCGAUAUAAAUCAAGCUACAAGAGCUUUAGUGAAUCUAAAUACAUACUUUUCAGGAAGCAAACACUGGCGUGCUAUUUGGACAAGUACUAUUGUCAAAAAUGCCUGGCGUAAUUUAUGGUCAUCCCCUGAACUCGUUAGUCCAACUCCGUCCGAAAAAUGGUUCCAAGCAGAAAUUCCGACUAUCGGUCAACUUGAUACUGCUCUAGAGCUAUGGUUUAGAUACUUGUUUAUUUUCUCGAUACCUAUACCAGAAAAAAUUCCUGCCAUAUUUCAAGCCUCCCAUCAUGGAACUAGUGCCUCUUAUGGAGUAGUCUGUAAGUUAAAGCGGAACUGCAUCCUACAGAUUUGGGAUCAUGCUAUUUCAUGGAGAGAAGCCAAUCUUUACCUAUCUUCUGACCUAUGUAAUAUGGCACCAUUCAUAAGAAAUUCUCUUCUAGGCCUUAUGAAUGCUACUAGCAAAUUAGUUCUACACCACGCAGAUAUCAUUCUUCCGUGUGCAGAUUAUUUUAAUGCAGGCUGGGAAAUUGAAAUAGGAACUGGACAAGGCUUAAUUGAACAUCGCAACAAAUUUAAGAGAAAGAUUGAUCCUGUUGUUAAUGGAAUAAUUGAUAUCUCAAGAUUUAGACCAGUUGAAAAAAUUGAAUCAGACAAGCCAACCGUAACAAUGCUGUCUCAUGUUUGGUAUGCCAAGGAUAUCAAGACUGCUAUUUUGGCAGCUGAUGUAAUUGUUAAUGAAUGGGGAUUUAAGGACUAUCGACUAAAAAUAUAUGGUGCGAUUGAUAAAGCACCUUCUUAUUCGACCGAUUGUUUUGAAAUAAUCGCCUCAAAAUCACUUUCGAGAUAUGUCACCAUGUGCGGAGAGUCAAAUCCUGCGUCUGUCUUAAGAAAGACAUGGGUAUUUAUGAAUUCUUCUAUCUCUGAAGGAUUACCCCUAGCACUUGGAGAAGCUGCUCUUUCAGGAGCACCAGUUGUCUGUACGAAUGUUGGAGCAUCUCUACAGGUCCUUACAGAUAUUGAAAAUGGCAAAUGUUAUAGUGCUAUUGUCGCGCCAAAUGAUCCUCGCGGGCUGGCACGUGCACAAAUAAAUCUUUUAGCAAUGUUAGAUGAAUGGGCAGCAUAUGCUGAUGAUUCUGAGGGCUUUCUUGUACCCACUAUACCUGAGAAGCCAACUCAGAAAGAGAUUGAAAUAAUCACAGCUAGAAUGUAUGAAAAGACUGAACAGAGAAAGGCCCUUGGAAUGAAGAGCAGACGUAUUGUUCAGAAAUCUUUUGAUGGAAAACGAUAUCUUCGUGAGCAUGAGCAAAUGUUGUGGAUAGGUAAGAUUCGUCAUGAGCUUGAUACAUGA